UGCCCUCUGGACACAGUGGAACACCGAUCGUCGGAUGGGACCUCUGUACGAGGUCCCGAUCAUGUGAUCGCUGAUUGGCCAAUCAGUGAUCACAUGAAUAGUAGUAAGCAAGAUGUCACUUCCUGACAUCAUUGCUUACUACUAGUGAAAUCUGUGAAUGAUCACAGAGGUCACAUGGUACAAGACUAUUCACAACAGCCUUGUACCACUGUGACAAACUGUGACCAAUCACAGCUCUCACAGUAUUUCUCAAUGGCUGCAAGAAUGCAGCCAGAGAGAAGGAGAAAUGAUUGC